AUUCUUUCUGCCCUUGUCUGUGGCUACGUGUUUCAGAAACACUCUCCAAGCACGUCUCAGCAUUAGGAGCAGAGGAGGCUCUGGGAGGGCACCACAUUCACCCUCUUCGUGCAGUCUCAGUCUGCAGCCCUUCACGUCCACCCUCUCCUGCAGUCACCUCAUCUGGAAAUUGACCACGAUGACGGCAGCAAGAGCCCGCAGCCCCACUGAGGGAUGGGGUCAGGACAACAGGAGAGCAGGAACCUCAAGCGCAGAGAAAAAGGGCACCACCACCCCAGGUUACAUGAGCAGCUGGCACACGUUUACAAGAGUAUCUGUUCUCCAACAGAGUGAGAGCCCUGACCCCAAUCAAUACCCCCUAAAGCUUGCAGGUGAUGACAAGACCAGGGGGAGACUGUGCCCAAGGACCCUGGGGCCUCGAGGAGGCAGGAAGCACCCAGGGGCUUGUUCCCAGGAAGGCAGGCUGGACGGUGAUGCAAUAAAGAGAGACACCCCUCAAGGGGGCUGUGAAAGGGAAACCACACUCCGGGGCAGGAGAGGAGUCAUUUUCCUUCCUUAUUCCGUGACUGUCUCCUCUGGGCUCUCGGCACAUGGACUCCACUGAGCCCAGGGAGACGCUGACCGAGUGUCCCUCAUAAAGAGCAGACUUGUGGACACAGAGGGGAGGGAGAGGGUGGGAUGAGUGGAGAGAGUAGCAUGGAAAUGCGCACACCAGCUUGUGUAAAACAGACCACGGGGGAAUGUGCUGUGUGACUCAGGGACCUCACACAAGGGCUCUGUGACAACCUAGAGGGGAGGGAGGUGGGAGGGAGGGCAUGUGACACACACGGCGGAUCCAUGCUGAUGUAUGAAUGAAACCAGCACCAUAUUGUAAAGUAACGAGCCUCCAAUUUAAAAAAAAAAAAAAAAAAAAAAUGUGUCUCUGGGGAUCUGAGCCCUGCGGGCAGCAGGGGCUGGCAUCCUCCCCGAAGCAUCUCCAGGGCCUGGUGACCCCAUCCAUGGGGAGGACCCCACAGGGACCUGAUGACGGGUGGGCAGAAGAGGAAGCAGACCCCGACGCGAGGCUCGCAGAGGGAAGGCCACGUCGUGGAUGACCUCUACUGGAAGGGGCGUCUCAGGAACACACUGGGACUGUCAUGAGGACGACGCGAGGCUUUCAAGAAGAGGCUGUUCCCCUUCCUGCGGGGACACUGAUGUGACAGCCACGUAACAGGAAGCCCCAGCCCCGGAGAGGACACACCCUGUGGUCUGUCUGUCCGUAGGACACCCAGGUCUCCUCCAUCGUCACAGCCUGGACCGCAGGGAGGAGACGCCAUGGCUCCCACGCUCCCCGUCCUGCUCUGCCUUGGGCUGAGUGUGGGCCUGAGGACCCCGGUGCAGGCCGGGACCCUCCCCAAACCCACCAUCUGGGCUGAGCCGGGCUCUGUAGUCCCGUGGGGGAGCCCCGUGACCAUCUGGUGUCAGGGGCCCCCAGGGGCCCAGGAGUUCCAUCUGGAUAAAGAGGGAAACCCUGUUUUCUGGGACAGACAGAAACCCCCAGGUCCCGGGGACAAGGCCAGGUUCUCCAUCCAAUACAUGGGGCAGGACCACGCAGGGAGCUAUGACUGCUACUACAGAACCCCCGCUGGCUGGUCAGAGCGCAGCGACCCCCUGGAGCUGGUGGUGACACGUGAGGGACCCUCGGGGGCCUUGGGCUCUGCCCUCGGGAGGGGGUCUGCUCUCAGGGGGUGUCCCUCUCACAGCCCAGCCCUGGGCAGGGAGGGGGGAGCCCCACAGAUCCAGCUGCCUCCUUCUCUCCUAGAACGCUACGUCAAACCCAGCCUCUCAGCCCUGCCGAGCCCUGUGGUGACCUCAGGAGGGAACAUGACACUCCAGUGUGCCUCCUAUCAGGGAUUUAACAGAUUUCUUCUGACCAAGGAAGGAGAAGACAAGUCCCCUCGGACCCUGGAUGGACAGCGAACCCCCAACGGGCGGAUCCAGGCCCUGUUCCCCGUGGGCCCCGUGACCCCCGGGCACAGGUGGAUGUUCAGAUGCUACGGCUCUAACAGGGACACCCCCCGGGUGUGGUCGGCCCCCAGCGACCCCCUGGAGCUCCUGGUCCCAGGACGGCUCAGAGACAGACCGUCCCUCUCGGUGCGGCCGGGCCCCUCGGUGGCCCCGGGGCAGAAUGUGACUCUGCUGUGUCAGUCAGGAGACAGGACGGACACCUUCCUUCUGUCCAAGUAGCGGGCAGCCCAUAGUCCUCUGCGUCUGCACUCCCAGGACCAAGACGGGCGGUACCAGGCCGAGUUCUCCUUGAGCCCUGUGACCUCAGCCCACGGGGGCACCUACAGGUGCUACCGCUCACUCAGCACAGACCCCUACCUGCUGUCACAGCCCAGUGAGCCCCUGGUGCUCGUGGUCUCAGGUGAGGCUCAGUCUGUCCCUCUCACUCAGCAGCUCGGGGCCUGCCCUGGGAGUGCCAGGUGGUGGAGGAGGAGGCACUGAGGGAGUGGCCCCCUGAGGGAGGGGACUCGGAGCCUGCGCCCCGCCCCUUCCUCCCACACUGGGGUCCCAGAGGGGCAGGUGGGCAGUGCGAGGGUCUCGGGGAGGCCACAGAGCGGUGCAGGGCAGAGGGGGGUGAGGUGGGGACCCCAGGUCAGCCCAGCAUACGCCUUCCUGGGCUCAUUCCCAGGACCCAGUAUCCCAGCCACAGAUCCAGAUCCGAACCUGGGGACUCUCGGGGCUCUGUGCUCAGGGGAGACAGCCCACCCCAGGGCGCUUUAACAUUCUUUGGGAGGACAAGGCCCCUCAGAUUGUCAAGGGGCGGCGGGGAGUCAGGCAGAAAUGGCGCCGGAGCCACAGGCUGCAGGGGCCUGAGGCUGCUGGAUGGGGUUCAGUCUGUGGAGAAGCAGGUCCGCCCCCACCGCAUCCUGCCCCCGGAGGCUGCAGGGAUCACCUCCUCCCAUGGGCAGAGUCCAGCUGGCAGACACAGAGGGCUGAGCGAGCGUCUACAGGGGGAGGUGGAUCCGUGGGAGCUACGGUUGGGUCCCACCCCGGGACCCCACAGACCACUGAUCAGGGGCGGGGUUCCACCCCAGGACUCUGCAAACACCACUCAGGGGCGGGCCCCACCCUGGGACCCCACAGACCACUGCUCACGGGGGGCCCACCCUGGGACCCCACAGACCACCGCUCAGGGGAGGGCCCCACCCCACCCUGUGCUGUUGGAGCUCCUUCAGCUCAGGGUCCUGAUAGGAACGUCUGAGACAGUAAGAUAGAGAGACCCCAGGAGUCUCCCGAGGAGGACACGGCCCACCCACAGCCUCCCUUCAGGACACUCGGGCCCGGCUGACACCCUCCCCCAGCACCGCUGUCAGACCCGCGAGUGUGAACGAGGACAGCGUCCCCGUCAGGUUGGGCUCGGGGCCGCGUCUUCUCAUGGGAGACGGGUGCCCUGGGCACACACAGGGGGUAACGGGGCCAGCGCUGACCUG